AUGGCUCCUCCAAAAUUAUUCGUGUUCUGUUCUGUUCUGUUGCUGUUUUGUGCCUCAGGACUCGCACAACUGGCGAAAGUAACAGGAUCGGAUGUCCCCGCCGAGCUCGAAGCCAAUUGCACCAUGGAGCGCCUAGAUGACUACAGAAAACCAGUGACCCUCUCUUUGUUGGAAGAGAAAUUCAGAUGGUUCACUGAGCUGAAAUGCAGAGAUGAAUGCGCCAAGCGCGCUAUCUGCGGCCAUGCUAACUUCAACAACAGGACCAGGGAGUGCCAGUUAGUUCAACGAAGGGCAUUCCAUGAGAGUUAUUUGUCUGAACAAGGUCUUUAUGUGAUGUGGCGAAAGAAUUGUCCACUUGAACACAUAUGGAACCGAACCGACGAUCCUCUGAAGAUGGUCAUGUGUCCCAUGCAACCGCAAACCCAACGACUUUCAUUGAAGUAUGCCUACAAGUUUGCAAAGCACAUCUCAAAUGACGUGGAUGCGUCAUGGUGGUGUCAGAGGGAUCCAAUCUGCAAGGGUGUCUACAGAAAUGCUACUUGGACGAAUAUGCACGUGUUCCUCUAUAAGGCGGUCGUCGACGAGAGUGCCACGGGAGACAUCACGGAGAUCUCGGUCAAGAAUUGUGCUCCACCUGGCCCUCAAUCAGGAUCCGCGUGCUUCUUCACAGCCUACAACCGAAAAACAGUCCGAGGCAAGUCAUAUUACACCAAAAGGGACAAGAACUUCCGUGAGUGUUACACGAUGUGCCAGGAAGACGACGAAUGCUAUGCAGCCUAUGCAAGGGAAGAUAGGUUCAGAUCCCGAAUGAAGUGUAAACUCUACAAGAAGGAGGCAGUAACAGGGCUGGGCAGGUUUAAAAAAGAGUUUGAUAAUGCUAAGGUUUGGUUGAGGAACGUAUGCCAUGAGUGAGCACUGAGAAGUCCUUCUCUGAUCAGUUUUGUGAUUACUGCUAAUAUUACAUAGUGGUCCUAAGCCAUGACAUCAUAGGACAUAUUUUUUUCAUGGAGCCUCCUGAGAAACCCACUACAGGCGAUCGAAAUUGGAGGACAGUCAGACUGUUAACAUAUACGAGUCUAGAUGAGAG